AAUAAUAUCAUGCCAAUCAUACCGCUAGGCGUCGUCGUCGCAUCAUCGGUGCCUGCCUGCAUCCGUUUGUUUAUCCCUCGCAGCUACGGCUACGCGAAGCUUUCCUUCCUUCGGACCAAGAAACCUUUCGAAGACGGCACAAAUCCAAGCAUAAGCCCCACGCAAUCCAGGCAUCAUCAGAUCCUCGCCUCCAUUUCUCGCGGCGCUCGCUCGGCUCCGUAGUCGCAGAACCUCGUCCGGCUGGCUGUUGCCUGGGAGCAAGCGGCCGGGAUCCAUCCCCAACCCCAAGUUGGGUGUGCAAGAACCGUAGUCUGCAGGCGUCUGCCCCUUUCAACUCUAGAACAUGGUCCGAAGUUGAGUCCAUCGGAUUCAAGGAGCUAAUUCGAUUCUUCGGGAGCUCUUCGUGUGUGAUCCCUCCUGCUUUGAGUUUGCCCUGGGCGAAUUCUUGCGGAUGCAGUAGUUUGGGCGGGCCGGGAUUCUCUAGCACAGUGCAAAGGGGAAAGAAAGAAUUUUGCGAGAUGACUUGUUCCGAUGCUGUGGCUGAGCACCAAUGGAUAGAGUACGUAAAGUCAGGAGGAACAGUUCCUUGUCUAGCACCUGAAAACUGCCCUAAUGGCUGGGCUACUCCUCCUAGUGACUCAUUUAUGGUCAGAGGCCCAGAAUAUCUUACAAAUAAGGUAAAAAUACCAGGUGGGGAAUAUCUUCUAAAGCCUCUUGGAUUCGAUUGGAUCAGAGGCCCAGCAAAAAUCUGUGAGAUCAUGAAAGACAAGAACCAUCGUAUUAGGAAAGCCAUCGAUGAGGAAGUAUCACAUGGUAAUCAGCCUUUUGUCUGGGCCUUCAACUUGCAACUGCCCAAGGAUAACUACAGCGCACUAUUCUAUUUUGUAUCACUAGAACCUUCACCUGAAGGCUCGCUUAUGGAUCAAUUCUUGAAAGGGGAUGAUGCUUUCCGGAACUCUAGGCUUAAGUUAAUUGCUAACAUAGUUAAGGGGCCGUGGAUUGUCCGAACAGCUGUGGGUGAACAAGCCAUCUGUAUACUGGGGAGAGCUCUCUCAUGCAAGUAUAUUCAAGGAUCAAACUUCAUUGAAGUUGAUGUGGAUAUCGGAUCUUCUAUAGUUGCAAAUGCAAUUGUUCAUUUGGCAUUUGGCUAUGUCACGACGCUAACUGUAGACUUGGCUUUCCUUAUCGAGAGUCAAACUGAAUCAGAGCUCCCUGAGAGACUUCUUGGAGCUGUAAGGUUCUCUGAGUUAAAUCCGGGUUCAGCUGGUUUGUACGAAAGGCCAUCUGAAGAGCGUCAAGAAAGCGUGCAGUUUCUGCCUGCAAGAAUGUGGCAGGGUUUCUCUCAGCUGUUACGCAAUCCAGGCAACCCGAGGGAGCCAUCCCUUAGUUCACAAAGUACUAAUGGAAAUGUGCACAUCGAAUAUGCAAAUGAGAACGCUAAAUGAUAUUCUUCAACUCCCUAUUAGAAGAGAUUGAAAUUAUAUCUUCAUUGAUGGGGGAUAAAUCAUUGCAUCGUGAUUCACUUGUAAAAAUUAUAUAUACUGGCCACAGACAAACUACAUCAGUGCAUCACUAUGUACACAAACUGAAUGUGUCUUAGAUGAAUUUAUUCUCUUCUGGAAGAACUGUAUAAAGUCCAGGAAAAUGUUUCGUUCUCAGAUCCUUUGUACAGAUUAUAACUGCACAAAUGAAGAGAGAGAGAAAUGUAUCUGAUGAUGAAGUGUGAUGAAAGCCACACCAUUCUGAUAGGCACCAUGAAAGGAUAUAUAUAGUUUGCUUC